AUGAGUUCUGCACCGAAUGGGCGCAAAAAGCGCCCCAGCCGGUCCACCCGCUCCUCGAUCUUCCAGAUCAGCAAGCCCCCGCUGCAGAGCGGGGAUUGGGAGCGCAGGGGCAGCAACUCCGAGAGCGCCCACAAAACCCAAAGAGCCCUGGACGACUGCAAGAUGCUUGUCCAAGAGUUCAACACGCAAGUGGCCCUGUACCGAGAGCUGGUCAUUUCUAUCGGGGACGUCUCCGUCAGUUGCCCCUCACUCCGGGAGGAAAUGCACAAGACAAGAACCAAAGGCUGUGAAAUGGCUCGUCAGGCACACCAAAAACUUGCUGCCAUCUCGGGCCCGGAAGAUGGUGAGAUCCACCCAGAAAUCUGUCGGCUUUAUAUCCAGCUGCAGUGCUGCUUGGAAAUGUACACAACAGAGAUGCUCAAAUCCAUAUGUCUGCUGGGGUCUCUUCAGUUUCACCGAAAAGGAAAGGAGCCUGGUGGGGGAACCAAGAGUUUGGAUUGCAAAAUUGAGGAGAGUACUGAAACACCUGCUCUAGAGGACUCCUCAUCAUCCCCUGUAGAUAUUCAGCAACAUUCCUGGCAGGUUUCCACAGACAUCGAGAACACUGAAAGAGACAUGCGAGAAAUGAAAAACCUUUUAAGCAAACUCAGGGAAACUAUGCCUUUACCACUGAAAAAUCAAGAUGACAGCAGCCUUCUAAAUCUAACUCCCUACCCCUUGGUUAGAAGACGGAAGAGAAGGUUCUUUGGGCUGUGUUGUCUGGUCUCAAGCUAGGCAACUCCUCCUGGAAACCCACCAUUGCGAAGACCUGAAAAUAUCACAGAACCUGAGGACCUCCAGACAGCUGAACCACAAUUAUUGGUUUUUGACUAUGUUUUCUAUGCUUCCUUAUUACUUUUAUUCGCCUCCCCUUACCCUUUUAAAUGAUUUUACAUUUGAA